CCCGUACCCCAUAUCCCCUCCCUCGUCAAAACUAACUGAUAAAAGCCCACACCACUGAGCUCUGCUGCGCUGUCUGCUUCCUCAAUCUCUCUGACACACCGAGAAAGCAGAACAAGACGGCAAUUCCCGCACGCUCAACUCUAAACCUAUCACUUCCAAAAAUGUCGUUUCUCCUCCCCAACCCCCAUCCAACCACCUUCUAGCCGUACACAAGGAGCAGCAAUCGAUCACCGAUGAGGUGUAAGAAGCACUUUUCCGAUCUCAGCAGCGCCGACGGCGUUUGCGCCUCCUGUCUCCGUGAGAAGCUUUUCACUCUCGUCGCCGCCCAGUCAAGCCAUAUUCAGCAGCAAAAGUUUCAGGCCCCGGAGGAUCGCCGGACAUCCGACGUCGUGAUUCAGCCGCCUCUGUUUUUUCCGCGAUCCGUCUCGCCGUAUAUUUCUCGCCGGAACUCGGAUACCUCCCCCUGGCACCUCCAUCCAAGGCACGAACAGAGAUUCUACUUCACUCCGCAAAUAGGUCCGAACGGGAAGAUAGAUGAGGGAGACGAGUACAGUAAGAAGAAGAGGAAUUACGGAUUUUCUAUGCUGUAUAAUCUGUUUAAUCUUAGAUCUAAGCCGGAUUCGGAUCCUGUAGCGUCCGGUCACGGCGAGCCUUGCGCCGUGAACUCCUCCUCGGCUUCCUGGAUUUCCUCAAUUUUCAGCGGCCUCCGGAAGAAGCAACACCGUACUUUUUCGUUAGACGAAUCCGCGGCAGGCGGAAAGCGGAGAUCCUGCCGCAAUUUUAACAGAGGAAUGUCCCCGGAGAGGUAUUCCGAUGAUUUUGGUGACGAACAUUGUCACGGCGGAUCGAGCGGCUACUCUUCCGAGUCUCCGCAGCGGUGGAAGCAAACGCCGAGGAGGAGGACUGUAGCGCCCACCCCUAGCCGGCGGAGUGGCGGGAGACCGAAAGUAGCUCGGAGCAUCUCAGGAAUGACGUUUUGCUUGAGUCCGCUAGUCCGGCCUAGCCCUAAUCGGCAGUGGAACCAGAAAGGUAUGCCGCUGGACAUGGUGUUUUCCGGCGAUUUAAGAGCUCCCGUGAAGUCUCCGGUGAUGUUGUGCAAAAACGGUUCGAAAAAAAUUGCGGAUUUCGGCAGAGUCAAUCGCAACCAUAGAUUUUGUAACAAUUGACAUUUGAUGAUGGAGAUUAUACAAAUCACCAUAUCCAUUGCUAUGAUUUUGAAUAUUACCGUUUUAAUUUCGGAAACGCGGAUUCAUCGCCAUUCUCCGCUAGAUUACCUCUACAGUAUUAAUUUCCUGUUUCAUUUGAAAAAUGUAGGCGAUUUAUGAUGUGGUGAUGACUUUGAUAGUUCAGGAGGAUGCCUAAGAAAUUUGUUGCAGUAAUGUAUAAUGGACAAAUUUGUUUAUAAGUGUCAUGUUUAUUGAAUGUUAUCAAAUAGUCUGGAAUUCAAGUAUUAUUGGAAACA